AUGGAUGAAGGCGAGGCUAAGAUCAUGGCCAAGGAGGUCGAAGAUGCGGAGAAGGAGAUGCGAGCCGCAAAGGCACGCCUUCGACGCCUCUGCGAGACCAAAUCCAAUGGAAAGCUCAAGGUGCCGGCGUGGCUGCACGAAGCUUGGAAAUCCGGGGACAAGGGUGCCAUGGCCGAGGAGAAGCUGAUUUCCAUUUUGGAAAAGAGCCACACCAAGAAAGACAUGAAGCAGAACAAAAUCGAGGAAGGAUGGUACUCUAAAGACGACAUGGUGAAGGUCUUGAAAUGGGGUUCGAAGAAGGUGGAGGGAGCCAUAGAAGUGUGCAACGCGGAUCCCGCAAACCUGGUGAGGGCUUCGCGAUACGGCGGCGAGCCCGAGUAUUGGGUCAGCACUAGGGAGACGGGCAGCCGAACGCAAGAAGAAAAGAUUGUGGAGAUGCGCAAAACCACCUCGCAGGACGGCCUCAAGCGCUAG